AACCAAGAACCAAAAUCAGAUUCAACGAUGUAGUGUCUAUUGUACAGUUUUGCCGGUUCAAAUUGAGCAAAACGAUAAUUAGUAUACCAUGGAUAUUGAAACUACGUUCGCAGGGAAAUUGAGAUUAUUGUCAAUAACACUGGGUGGAAUUGCUGUUGCAUUAACCGGUCCGUCGCUGUGUCGUCAGGCAAUAGCUUGUGAUCAGGACUCAUACAGCAAGGAGUUGUAUUUCUUGGCAAUAUCGUAUAUUGCACUCAGUGCGUCUUUUAUCCUAAUUGUAGCCAUAAUCUUCAACAUCUCCAAAGGAAUCCGAUAUUGGUCAAUAAUUGAUGUGACCUGUCAUUUACUUAUGGCUAUACUGCUGCUUCUAGGUUGGAUUUUAUUUGUCGUGAGUGUCAGUUACAAUGCGAAGCGCGUAGUGGUGUUGCCAGAAUAUCGACAAUGGUACAACAAUUUCAUGGCAAAGAGAAGCUUUGCAUUGAUUUUGCAAUUUUUUAAUAUUUUGGCAUACCUUGUGACAGCCUUUCUAGCGUUCAAGAAUCGCUCAAGAGCCAACCGAGAAUAAACAUUUCUGUUAAAUGCCAGGAAGUUGUAGCAAUUUAUUGAUUGGAUCAUUUUAAAUGAACCUGAAAAUUUAUACUUCGAAUAAAGUGAUUUUUCUAAACAAU